GUUCAUUUGGCUGAUAGCGACAGACACCUGACUCACAAUCCACCCGCUACUAACUGAUCCAUGAAACCAGAAAGACAGAGCACGUAGGCAACUUCUUGUCGACACGCUCGGACCGUCAUAUCUCAAGAUGCUGGCCUCUCGUGCACUGGUGCGGGGACUGCAGUCUGGAUUCUGGAGGAGGGUGUCAACUUCAUCUGCUGCCUGGGCUGCACACACUCACGAUGUUGAUGUGGUUGACUGCUCCGUUCCUCAGUACAACAACCGUCUGGACACGCCAUUGCCAGAUGUUCCAUUUGUCAGAAAUCUCAGUGCCGAACAGAAGAAACUCAAAGAGAAAGAGAAGGGAUCAUGGACCCAGCUCACCAAGGAGGAGAAACUAGCCUUGUACAGACUCACACAUGAGCUGUCGUACGCAGAGAUGAGGCAAGGUUCCAAAGAGUGGAUGACUGUCCUCGGGGGCAUCUUCAUCUUCCUUGGCUUCACAGGGCUGCUGGUGUGGUGGCAGCGUGUCUAUGUGUAUGGUGAUGUUCCGCACACUUUGUCUGAAGAGUGGGUCGCCCAGCAGACGCAGAGGAUGAUAGAUAUGAGAGUGAACCCCGUCCAUGGAUUCUCUCAUAAGUGGGACUAUGAAAAGAAACAGUGGAAAUAAGUAAUAAAUGCAUUCCACCGUAAUGACUAAAAAUGUAUCAGGAUUGCAUUAAUGAGAAGUUCCAAACUCAAUAAUGCUGUGCAACCGACAGCCUUAAAAUAUAUUCCAAUGUGAAUCUAAAUAAAUGCACUGAAUUAAACUCUGAGCUG